CCGGAAGCGCCGGCGGAGCCGCCGGUCCCCGUCCCGGCCCCGGCCCCGCUCCCGGCCCCGCCAUGGGGGUCCCGGCCUUCUUCCGCUGGCUCAGCCGCAAGUACCCCUCCAUCAUCGUCAACUGCGUCGAGGAGAAGGCUAAGGAGUGCAAUGGAGUCAAGGUUCCCAUCGACACCAGCAAGCCCAACCCCAACGAGGUGGAGUUCGACAACCUCUACCUGGACAUGAACGGCAUCAUCCACCCUUGCACGCAUCCAGAGGACAAGCCAGCGCCCAAAAACGAAGAUGAAAUGAUGGUGGCGAUUUUCGAGUACAUCGACAGGAUCUUCAACAUCGUGAGGCCCAGGAGGCUCCUCUACAUGGCCAUAGAUGGAGUGGCCCCACGUGCCAAAAUGAACCAACAGCGGUCGAGGAGGUUCAGAGCGUCCAAGGAGGGCAUGGAGGCUGCUGAAGAGAAACAGAAAAUAAGACAAGAGAUUCUGGCCAAAGGUGGUUUUCUCCCUCCAGAAGAAGUGAAGGAGAGAUUCGACAGCAACUGCAUCACCCCGGGGACGGAGUUCAUGGACAAUCUGGCGAAAUGCCUGCGCUAUUACAUCGCCGACCGCCUCAACAGCGACCCGGGCUGGAGGAACCUCACCGUUAUUUUGUCGGAUGCCAGCGCUCCUGGUGAAGGGGAACAUAAAAUCAUGGAUUACAUUAGGAGACAGAGAGCUCAACCAAAUCAUGACCCAAACACUCACCACUGUCUGUGUGGGGCUGAUGCUGAUCUGAUUAUGCUUGGCUUAGCCACACACGAACCAAACUUCACUAUAAUUAGGGAGGAGUUCAAGCCAAACAAACCCAAGCCGUGUGCUCUCUGUAACCAGAUGGGUCAUGAGGUUAAGGAUUGCCAAGGUUUGCCCAGAGAAAAACAAGGAAAGCACGACCAGUUUGCCGACACCCUUCCCGUGGCGGAGCAGGAGUUCAUCUUCAUCCGCCUGUGCGUCCUGAGGGAGUAUUUGGAGAGAGAGCUCACCAUGGCCAGCCUGCCUUUCACGUUUGAUUUCGAGAGGAGUGUCGACGACUGGGUCUUCAUGUGCUUCUUCGUGGGAAAUGACUUCCUGCCCCACCUGCCAUCUCUGGAGAUCAGGGAGGGAGCGAUUGAUCGCUUGGUGAACAUCUAUAAGAACGUGGUGCACAAAACCGGGGGGUACCUCACAGAGAGCGGGUUUGUCAACCUGCAGCGGGUGCAGAUGAUCAUGCUGGCGGUGGGAGAAGUCGAGGACAGUAUCUUCAAAAAGAGGAAAGACGACGAUGAUAACUUUAAAAGACGACAGAAGGAAAAAAAGAAAAGAUUGAAGAGGGAUCAGCCUGCUUUCAUUCCUGGUGGGCAGUUCUCCCCCCAAGCCCUGGGCAAUCGAUCCAGCCCUCAGGCAAUCUGUAACCCCAGGCAAGCCGCCUUUGAGAUGAGGAUGCACGAGAGGCAGAACUCUACACCUUCAGCAUCUCCAAACACCAGCCUGACUCCUGAUGGCAGCCCAGCCCUGGGAGGAGGAGGAAUUAAGCGGAAAGCUGAGGACAGUGACAGUGAACCCGAGCCAGAGGAUAAUAUCAGGUUGUGGGAGACGGGCUGGAAGCAGCGCUACUACAAGAACAAAUUCGACGUGGACGCCUCCGACGAGAAAUUCCGGCGCAAGGUGGUGCAGUCCUACGUGGAAGGGCUCUGCUGGGUUCUCAGAUAUUACUACCAGGGCUGUGCAUCCUGGAACUGGUAUUACCCUUUUCACUACGCUCCCUUCGCUUCUGACUUCGAGGGGAUCGCAGACAUGCCUUCAGAUUUUGAGAAAGGCUCCAAACCGUUUAAGCCCCUUGAACAACUGAUGGGAGUGUUUCCAGCUGCCAGUGGGAACUUUCUGCCGCCAACGUGGAGGAAGCUGAUGACAGACCCGGAAUCGAGCAUCAUUGACUUCUACCCUGAAGAUUUUGCUAUUGAUUUAAAUGGGAAGAAAUACGCUUGGCAAGGUGUCGCGUUAUUGCCCUUUGUGGACGAGCGACGCCUCAGAGCUGCCCUGGAGGAAGUGUACCCUGACCUCACCCCCGAAGAGAGCAGGAGGAACAGCCUUGGUGGUGACGUUCUCUUCGUCGGGAAGCACCACCCGCUCUGCGACUUCAUCGUGGAGCAGUACAAGACCAAAAACACAGAGGCCGUGGACAUCCCCCCGGAGCUGUGCCACGGGAUCCAGGGGAAGCUGACCCUGAAUGACAACGCCGUCCUCCCGGACCAGGUGGUGGAGUCUCCUGUUCCGAUGCUGCGGGAUCUUACCCAAAACUCUGCAGUCAGCAUCUCCUUCAAAGAUCCACAGUUUGCUGAAGACUUUGUUUUCAAGGCUACGGUGUUACCUGGGGCAAAGAAACCUGCUCCGGUGCUGAAGCCGGGAGACUGGGAAAAAACCAACAACGACGGCAGGCCUUGGAGGCCACAGCUGGGCUUCAACAGGGACAGGAAACCGGUGCACUUGGACCAGUCGGCCUUUAGAACCUUGGGCCACACGAUGCUGAGGGACAGGGGGAUGCCAGGGAUGUAUCCCAACGCCGUGCCCAUCGGAGCCUACGGCAGCCCCUACGCCAGGCCCCUGCUGGGGGGGCAGCAGCAGAUCCCCAAGCUGUUGUCAAACCUUCGGCCGCAGGAGUCCUGGCGAGGCCCCACGCCCUUGUUCCAGCAGACACCACAGAGAGGCGCUGGAGCUGCUCCUCUCCUGGCCUGGAACCGCAUGCUGCAGUCCCCCAACCAGUUCCAGCCGGCGCAGUACCAGGGGAUGGGGCCCAUGGGAUACCCCCAGAGACCCGAGGACCGCAUGGACAGGGGCAGACAGGCGUACGGCCCUGGGAGGCCCUACCCGCUCCCUCCUCCUGCAGGAAGGUACAGCUGGAAUUAGCUCCUGGCUCCUAUUUUUUUUUUCCUUAUUAAAUAUAGGGAACGUCCGGAUUUUUUUCUGCUUUUUGUUCUUUCUAUUAUUUGUGGGGGGGAGAGAGGGGAAAAAAAAAAAAAGAAAUCGACGAAACUGUUAAGCACCAUCCCUGUAGUUUUUAAACUUGUUUUAAAUGUGCACAUUUCUUAUGGACCUGAGGCUGAUGAAUUUUUGGGAGGGGGCCGUGUGGCCGGGAAGCGGCGGGUCGCGGAGCCGCUGGAGGAGGUGGGGGUGCUGUCCCAUCUUCCUCACCUAUCCAAGCUGUGCCCGUCGCUCCGGACUCCAAACAUCCCCUGCUCCACUCACGAGAGCCUGAAAACAGACGUGGAGUUUUCAAGGAUGCCCAGAACUGGGAUUUGAUGGGCUCCCGGGGCGCGGCCGGCGGCGCUGGAACACGCGGCCCUCACCGCUCCUGCUCGGAUAUUCCUCCAGUGGUGGAUUUUUUUGGGACUCAGAAGUAAAACAUUUCGACUUCUACACCGCCUGCCUGUUUCUGGCUUGGUUACUGGGGGCACAACCAAGCAGGGGAGGUGGAUUUGUCUUGUUUGAUACCUAAUUUAAAAUAGCCGUGGAGGGCGGAGAUUCCAUUCGUUUUUAGCACCUCUUUCUAGGGAUUUUUUCUGUGUGAGUGUACCAAAUCGGUAAAUAUUUUUAUUUGCUUUAUAAAGUGGCUUUUGAAAUUCUGAGCA